AUGUCUAACCACGAAGCCCUCAAUCCAAUCCACCCGUCUGUCCUGCCCCAUCUCGACCCUGUCUUCAUCGAUCUGUACAACACCCAUGUCGCCAACACACCCAACAAACCCAUUGACCUGAACGUCCUGCGGACAAAAUACUCAGUCCUCUACUCCUACGGAACAGGCCCAGCCCCAGAACCCGCGAGGAUAUACGACUCCCAGGUGCCAGGCCACAAUGGCGACCCGAUCCCAGUGCGCGUCUACGAGCCCGCCACUGCAGGGCCCUGGCCUGUGCAUCUCGAUUUCCACGGCGGCGGAUGGGGCCUCGGCGAUCUCGACACCGAGUCCCACAUCUGCAAGCACCUCGCCGUGAAAGCCGGCGUGGCGGUCAUCGACGUCGGAUACAGGCUUGUCCCUGAGCACGCAUUCCCCAUCGGAAUCCAGGACUCGUUCGCCGCGCUGCAGUACAUCUAUUCCGCAGAGGGUGCGCGGCGCCAAUUCCCCAGCAUCGAUACGUCCCGCAUCUCGCUCGGCGGUGUUUCGGCGGGCGCCAAUAUCGCUCUCGUGCUCGGCCAUCUCGCCCGCGAUGCCGGGAUCCGACUAUCCCUGAUUGCCGUCGGGACUCCUGUGAUUGAUGACAUCUCGCGGUAUGGAGCGGCCAGCGAGAGUCCGUUCGCGUCUGUGCAGGAGAUGGAGCAUGCGCCGACGCUGAACUGGGCGCGGUUGCGGUGGUUCGAUGAUCUGAAGUGGCGGAGCCUUUCGGCGGAUCCGGAUACGAAGAGGAGACAGAUGGAGGAGGUGAAAUGGUAUGCGAAUGCGCUGGAUGCGCCGGACUUCACGGGGAUGCCGCGGACAGUCAUCUAUACUGCUGGGUGUGAUCCGCUGCGCGACGAGGGCGAGGCCUAUGCGCGCAGGCUGGUGGAGGCUGGGAAUGAGGUUGUUCUGAAGCGGUUUGCGGGCGUGCCGCAUCCGUUUAUGCAUAUGGACAAAGAUCUCUGGCAGGCGAGGGAUUUCAUUGAUAUGACAGCUGAGCAUAUCCGCGUUGCGUUGCAUAAGUAG